AUGCCAAAACAACCACCAACCUCUCCAGACCACAUAAAAUCCCCAACUCCACCACCAAUAACAGCAGUCCCCCCCUUCCGCAGCGUUUCCGCCUGCAACAGAUGCCGCCUCCGCAAACACCGCUGCGACCAACGCCUCCCACGCUGCGAAGCAUGCUCAAAAGCCCAAGUCCGCUGCGUCGGCUACGACCCACUCACAAAGCAGGAAGUCCCGCGCAGCUAUCUCGCCUUCCUGGAAACGCGCGUGGGAUAUCUGGAACAGUUGCUGAUGGACCAUGGCAUCGGGUUCAAGGCUGCUGCCGCAUAUGACGAGGCAGAGACGCGCAGGAUUGAGGCGGGCAUGGGUAUGAGGGAUGAGGUGGUGAGGAGUGGGCGGAAGAGGAAGUUGGUGCAGACUGAUGAUUUCGAUCCGGAUGUGGAUCUGGAUGAUGUACCGACGAAGCAGGCGAAGCGUAUUGCGCAGGUGAAUGUGCUUCUUGCGGAAAUUGUUAAUGAGGGGUGUUUGCAUCGCGGGUGUGAGGGGGUGUCUGGAAGGGGUCGGACUCGUCGGAAGGGUGGUGGUUCGUUUGAGGGGAGGGGGAUACCAUGGUCGCCGCGGAGUUUGGAUUCUGUGGGGCGGAGUGGUCGGCUUGAGAGUCCCGGGUCUUUGGAUUCGCUUUCUUCGGAGCUGGAUCGGGUUGUGCAGGAGAGGCAUGGGAAUGAGAUGUCUCUGCUGGUCGCGGGAUCUACUCUUGGUAGAGAGGACCGAGGGCUGGGGCGAAAUGAGAGGGUUGGCUUGGUCGACUUUGAGAUUGAAAUGCCGCACAAGCCUUUGGGCGGUAGUCAUACCUCGGAGAAAGAGGACUCUUCAGAGGCCGAGUCUGAGGCUAAGUUUGAUAUUGCUGCUGAUCUUCUUCGGGGACGGAGGGAGAGGAGAGACCAGCGAAGAGGGCGUUAUGACUUGCUGGAUGAGUUUCUCGUUGGUUGGGCGGACUGA